AUGUCAGGUGGGGUUGGUCCAACCUGCAAUGACAUAAGCCUUCCUAAGGAACAGGAACAAGAACAAAAGAUAGAGGAAGAUGUCUCUUCCCUGAAAAAAGGCCAAAACACUACUCCGUCCAAGAAAGCUGGUUUCUUGAGCUUCACCCAAUUAAAUGCCCUCUCUGUUAUCACCGUCCUCGCUGCAAGUGGCAUGGUAAGCCUUGAAGAUUUUGCUUUCGUUGUCUUUUCCAUCAUCUAUAUGUACUUCAUCUCCAAAGUUGCAUUCCCCUGUGCCAACCCAUCAAAGGACUCGUUAGUUUUUGAUCCAAAAAAUAAGAUUUUAGGACUCUACGUGUCUGUUGGUGCUAUUAUUGGCCUGUUUCUCCCCAUAGCAUAUAUCUUUGAAGGGAUCUUUGAGGGUGAUAAAGAGGGGAUCAAGGCAGCCGCACCACACGUCUUCCUCUUAGCGAGUCAAGUUUUCAUGGAAGGAGUGGCAUUUUCAGACAGAUUUGCAUUACCUGUAAGAGUUUUCGUGCCGGUGUUCUAUAAUUCGAGGAGGAUUUUUACCAUUGUGGAGUGGUUGAGGAAUGAGAUCUCCAAGGUAGAACAGGACUAUCGAGGAUCUCUCAGGAGGCUUCAUUUUGGGAGGGCUCUUGCUGUAGCUAACAUGGCCUUUUGGUGCUUCAAUCUUUUCGGCUUCUUGUUACCUGUUUUUCUUCCAAAAGCCUUCAAGAAGUACUACUCUGGUUUCACUCAGCAACACAAUAAAACUCGCAAAGCAUCUUCCAUGCAGAAGAUAAGCAACUUCCAUGCAGAAGAUAAGCAACUGGGAAAAGCAGAGUAUGAAACACACUGA